AUGAAUGAGCAGGCGAGCGAGAAGAUGAGCGGCACGGAUAAAGGACAUAUAAUAGCCCGGGGAGCGGGGAUCCAGGGAGAAGCUGGGAAUCGAUGGGAUAUUCAAGUGUCCUGGAUACGUAAAAGGGAUUUACACAUACUCACGUCGUCCAUCUAUGCGUACACGGGGGACGAAAGAUUCUCCGUGAAGCACCCGGAGGCAUCCGACGAAUGGACGUUGAAGAUCGAUUAUGUUCAGCAACGUGACGCCGGCGUUUACGAAUGCCAGGUCAACACCGAGCCCAAAUUGAAUUUGGCCUUCACGUUGAGAGUCGAAGAAAGUGCCCCUGUCCCCGCCACCACCACACCGAACGCCAUUCACCGGACGUUCAACUCAGCCGCUCAGGCGAAAAUCCUGGGUCCGGAAGACGUCUACGUGAAGAAGGGUAGCACGAUAAGCCUCACGUGCUCCGUUAAUGUGCAAAGUACACCGCCCAGCAGCGUUUCGUGGCAUCACGGUGGAGCUGUGCUGGAUUUCAACAGUCCCAGGGGCGGGGUUUCCUUGGAGACGGAGAAGACGGAAAGCAGCACGACCAGCAGACUUCUGGUGACACAGGCCAGAUUGACCGACAGCGGAAAUUACACCUGCAUUCCGAGCAACGCGAAUCCAGCCAGCGUAAUGGUCCACGUGCUGAAUGGGGAACAUCCAGCGGCGAUGCAACACGGCGGAAGCUGCGGCGUCACGCCGACCAUUCUACUAGCAACCUUUACCCUGGUGAUCUCGAAUCUGCUGAGGUGAGCGGUAUCCUCGUGAGCUGCGCGACUUGGAAGCCCCGGGCUGGCUCGAGCUCGUCUCGUCUGGUAGACCGAGAGAUCCGUACGUGGCACGCAGGUACCAUAGAGAUCACCGGGCAUCGUUGAAAGAAAGAAAAAAAAAAAAAAAAAAAAAAAGAAUAACGAAAAGAAAAGAAAGAUAAAACGCGAACGAAGGGGACCGCCGUUCCUCUUUAACAGGCGCGCUAGAUCGUGCGUUUCUCGAUCGCGCGAGAUUUCCCGACGAAAGAGAGCGAAAGAAACGGAUCUAGGCCGUGAGAUGGACAAAGUGCAAUGGGAUUUGGCCAUGUGUGAUGAACGCAGUGACACGAAAGAGCGGAGAGCCCGACUUCGCGCACACGUACGUUUUUACCGUAAAAUUCAUUCCUUCUGUGUCUGUCCCUCUAGCAAUUUCCCCGGACGGGUCGACGCCGGCCCACGUUCUUGCGUUGGUCGUCCCGUCCCCACCCCGCGUUGAUCGUCGGUGAUGUGAUUUCCUUCGCGAAUCGUCGUGUGUGAAAGAACAGGGUCGUUCGUCCCUGGCUUGGUCUCUGUGAACUCGCGAGAAGGACAAACGCACCAGGAGUGAGAGAGUCUCGCGGGAGAGACUGCAGGAGGAACGGAUGCGAUCGAUGAACGAGUGUGUCCAGCGUGUGCUUACUUAGCAACGCGUCUCCGUUGACUCUGAACGGAUCGAGCGGAUCGGACGAGACUGUUGAAACAGUCGAAACCAGCGCUGAAGUCGAACCUUUUUUCGGAUCAACGAUCCGACCGUUGGGGUAGCCGAUUAAUUACCAUUAAAUCGUGUAGGUAGCCUAAGUAAGUUUCUCUGUAUAUAAAUGAGGAAGGGAGGACGUUCGUCGAUGGAGUUUGUCGCGACGGUUCGGCUUGUACAGUACAACGUGUCUGACGACGGUUAAUUACGAAGCAACGUCGUCGUCGGAUCUGGGCAACCGCAGUUUGUACAUAAAGGUUCUCGCGUAUGGGACGUUCAGAGUGUGGAACCUUCAACGUCUGUCGUCAGACGAAUUUGCCCAAAUCUGACUCGAAAGUUAAUCAGCACGAUUCUUAGUAACGGAAGCGCGUGAAACGUCUUCGCUCUUCUUUUAGAAACGACAAACACGUUGAUCACGCUCGAUAUGUUUCUGUUUGUUGGCGAGAGCUCGGUGAAAGGGAAGAGCGAGCGUGUCGAUUCGUCGUUGCUCACGUCACGGUUUCACAGCUCACUCUCUGUUUCUUAGGGGUCGCGGGUUGUUUCAUUCGUGCUUCGUUUUUCUUUUUUUUUUUUUUCUUCUUCUUCUUCUUUUUCGAGGGGACGUCCCUUCGUCUCCUUCGCUCGCGGUCGCGUCGCGAUCGUUGGUUUCGUUCUUUCUUGUUUUUCUCCUUUUUAUCGUUCGAUCGUCUAAUCAAAAGAAGUGAUCGUGCAAUCACGCUCUAAAAACGGCGGGAAAAUUACCUUGUAAGAGUUAUUCAAUUCUACGAACGCGACUUGCGCGUAAUAGGGCUCGUGUGUAGAUAAGCGUACGUGUACGAUUUUUAAGAGUAUCGCUAAUAGGUAUUCGUUGCGCGAACGAGGAGCAUUCUGUUACUACGUGAGUAAAGAGAGGCACGUUCGACGUGCGUGAGAAUUUACCAUUUAUCUCGAAUAAGCAUCGAAUUAUUGUCAGGAUAAAUCAGUAUUACUAGGAGUUUCGUUGUUUCGUGAUAUAGUUCUGCUGGUGCGAAUUGUUGUCUUUUUCUUUUUCAUUAUUAUUAUUCCUUUCUCCUCGUUCCUUCUUCGUCUGUCGACUCUCCUUAGGACAUUCAACGCGAGACACUAAGAACACGACGCCGGUAGCGACUCUAAUUAAUAGAUUUAUUACAGAUAAAGAAGAAAAAAAAAAAAAAAUAACGUAACGUGUAAGGGUGAAAAGAGAAGAUAUCAUAAAUCGGUAUAGCGUGUUAAGACGCGACUUAACCAUAGGUCUAAAAUAGAUUUUUUAUAACGUUGUACCACGUGGGCGAGAAAACGGACUGCCAGAUUGACGGACUGCCAGAAUAACGCGGUGUUACGUUGCACGGGCUUCGCAGUGUGUGGACUAUCGCAGCAUGAGGUCCGCGAUACGAUAUAUUAUUCCUUCUUGUAUAGUUUAUACGGUAAUUUAUGUCGUUGUGAGAGGACAAUAUUUUAAAGUUGACGCGUGUGAGGAUGGUUAAAACUGGUUGUUUGAAACGAACGAGAAAGGAAAAAGAGCGAACUGACAAAGAAUGGAAGGAGGGAACGAUCGAACGAGACGCGAGAAACGAAACGAUCGAUCAGGCGCCAGUUUUCUAAAACUGAAAUUCCUCGAACGUUGCCCCGUGUGUGAUAUUAUUCGGAGAUAGGGAAUUUAGUGUUGGACGUUACAAUCGGAUUGAAAUAACUAGGGAGGAGGGGGGGGGGAGAAGUCGUGAUAGUCGUUAUCGAUGAGAGAGGAGGCAAAUUUCCUUCGAUUUUUCGAUUGUUUGUUCCCGGAUCACGAGUACUCAUCGAGUCUCGCUCCUUUGGAAUGGCGUUCGGUUAUAACGAUCUGGGUUCGACGUUACGCGAAGAUCAGGGUAAUGAUCUCGCGCGCGAGAAAUAAAACAAAUAAAAAAAACGAAGCGGUAACCGUAGCCCCGCUCGAAACGCGCGUUCAAAUCGCUGAUAAUCAAAGAAAACGAAACAGAAAAAUAUCGAGGGGAGAACACGUUACACGUUAAUUGUGUCACUAGAUAAUCGAUAUCCGCGACUCGCAUAAUUACGAAAUGUUGCACAAUUUAUAGUUAAGCCUAGAUCGCAUUGUACAUACUAACAGAGAAACAGGAAAAAAAAAUCCAGAGGAGGAAAGAAAAAAAACACACACACACACACGUAAGAAAACGGCAAAAAAAAAAAUUCAUAAUCGACAAUGUACCAUGUUAUAGAGGAACGUCAGUAUGAAUCAAAGUGGCAGAGAGGUAUAAAAUGCGGCGAACGAGUGCAGACUAUUAUACUGUAAAGAUAUUCAUCGACGUGAAUACUGUUUCAAUAAAUGUAAUGAUGAUAUAAAAAAAAAAAAA